AGGCUGCACAGACGUUGAUGCAUUGUCAUAGCUGUUGACUAUGUCUAAAAUAUGUUUCUUACUUCCUUUUUAGAUGACCUCAAUGCCCAGUUAGCUGGAAUGCCACCUUGUUGUUUUUUCACGCUUACUCCCAAGAUUGAAAUUAAAAACAUAAUAAACGCACAAUUAUGGGUUUACCUGCGACUGAGUGAUCGAGUCUCAUCCGUUUUCUUGCAAAUAUCUCAUCUUAAACCUUCAAAAGAGAAGACGCGCGUUCGCAUUCGAUCUUUGAAGAUCGACGUAGAUGCAGGGACAAGUUCAUGGCAAAGUUUAGAUAUUAAACUUUUACUUUAAGUCUGGCUCCGUCAGUCAGAUACACAUUAUGGGAUUAAGAUCGAAACUAUUGACGCGCAAGGAGAGGAUUUAGCGGUCACCUCAGUGGAGUAUGGUGAAGAAGGGUUGCAACCCUUUAUCGAGGUAAAGGUUCUGGAGAACACAAAGCAAUCACGGAGGGACACUGAACUGCAUUGUGAUGAAGAGUCUUCAGAAAUCCGUUGCUGCCGGUACCCUCUCACUGUGGGCUUUGAAGACUUUGGCUGGGACUGGAUUAUUGCCCCAAAACACUACAAGGCCAACUACUGUUCUGGAGAGUAUGGCCCAGUGGAUCCAGCUACAGCAACUGGACUCAAAGUACCUGGAGCAAGUGGACCAACUGUACGAUGACUCCUUCCCAAUGGACAUACGACAAUAUCUCAGCAAGUGGAUAGAGAGCAUUGACUGGGACAAUGUGGCUGUUCAAGACUCCUUGGCAACUGUUCGCUUCCACGACCUCCUGGCUCAACUUGACGACCAGCACAGUCGCUUUGCUCUGGAGAACAACUUUCUGCUUCAACACAACAUUCGCAAGAUCAAGAGAAACCUCCAGGACCGGUUUCAGGAGGACCCUGUUCACAUGGCCAUGAUUAUAUCCAGAAAUCUGAAGGAGGAGCAGAAGAUCCUAGAAAAUGCCAAGAGUAUUGAGACUAAUGAGGAAAGCUCCCCAUCUAACAUGGUAGUAGAAAAACUAAAGCUGGACAACAAAGUUAAGGACAUGAAAAACAAGGUGCAGGAGACAGAUCAGCAUAUCAAAUCCCUUGAGGACCUGCAAGACGAUCAUGACUUCAAGCUCAAUUCCCUGAAGAACAGAGAACAUGAAAUCAAUGGAGUAGCUCAAAAGGAGCUAGAGCAUGAAAAGAUGCUUGUUGGAAAAAUGGUCUUUGAGUUGAAAUUCAGGAGAGAGGAAGUGGUGCAGCAGCUGGCCGAGGUUCUGAACAUGAUCGAGGUGGUCCAAAAUGACCUGAUCUCUGAGGAGCUCCCAGAAUGGAAACAUCGGCAGCAAAUCGCCUGCAUCGGCGGCUCGCCCAACGCCUGUCUGGACCAGCUGCAGAACUGGUUCACGGCGGUGGCGGAGUGCCUGCAGCAGUUGAGGCAGCAGCUGAAGAAGCUUCAGGAGCUGGAGCAGAAGUACACCUACGAGAGGGACCCCAUCACCCAGCAGAAGGCCUUCCUUGAGGGACGCACCCUGACCCUCUUCAGGACCCUCAUAGAACACUCCCUGGUGGUAGAAAGACAGCCCUGCAUGCCAACUCACCCACAGAGGCCUCUGGUGCUGAAAACACAAGUACAGUUCACUGUGAAGCUCCGAUUUCUUGUGAAACUGCAGGAGUUCAACUACCAGCUCAAAGUGAAAGCUGUGUUUGACAAGGAUGUUACAGAGAAGAAGGGCUUUCGCAAGUUCAACAUAUUGGGAACAAACACAAAAAUCAUGAACAUGGAGGAGUGUAAUGGCAGUUUGGCUGCAGAAUUCCGCCAUUUGCAACUGAAAGAACAGAAAGUAGCUGGCAACAGAACAAACGAGGGCCCUCUGAUUGUAACAGAAGAACUGCACUCCAUCUGCUUCGAGUCUGAUCUCAGCCAGUCAGGCCUGGAUAUCAAACUCGAGACCAUCUCCUUGCCUAUCGUGGUCAUCUCCAACGUGAGCCAGCUGCCCAGUGGCUGGGCCUCCAUCCUGUGGUACAACAUGCUGACCACCGAACCCAAGAACCUGAAGUUUUUCCUGAGUCCGCCCUCGGCCACCUGGAGCCAGCUGUCCAAGGUGCUGAGCUGGCAGUUCUCCUCGGUCACCAAGCGGGGACUCAGCGAGGAGCAGCUGGACAUGCUGGCGGACAAGCUCCUAGGAGCAAAAGCGGCAAGGAAUCCAGAGGGUCUGAUCCCAUGGAAUAAGUUCUGUAAGAGCGUGAGUGAGAAGAGCUUUCCUUUCUGGCUUUGGAUCGAGGGGAUCCUGGAUCUCAUCAAGAGACACCUGCUCUCCCUGUGGAACGAUGGCUGUAUCGUGGGCUUUGUCAGCAAGGAGCGAGAGAAAGCCAUGCUUAGCGACAAGUGUCCCGGUACCUUCCUGCUGCGCUUCAGCGAGAGCAGCAGAGAGGGAGCCAUCACCUUCACCUGGGUGGACCAUGACGUCAACUAUAAGCCUGUCUUCCAUGCUGUGGAGCCCUACACUAAGAAGGAGCUCACAGCCGUGUCUCUGCCGGACAUCAUCCGCAAGUACAAGGUGAUGGCUGCGGAGAACAUCCCGGAGAACCCGCUGCGGUUCCUCUACCCGAACAUCCCCAAGGACAAGGCUUUUGGGAAGUUCUACGCCAGGGCUGAGGCAUCAGAGCCAAUGGAUGUGGAGUCUCCCUCUGUUUCAGGCUACAUGAAGACCGAACUCAUAUCUAUCUCAGAAGUUCCCCCAUCUCAGCUUCACGACAACAUGAUGCCCAUGUCACCUGAGGUUUAUGGGGAAUUGUCGCAGAUUGUAAGCACAACACAAAUCGAUGAAGUGACCCGUGAUCUUCAUGAAGACUAUACGAUGUAUGCUGAAUAGGAAGACGGACAUAACGCCAACUGUUCCCUCGAGAGAAUUGAUCAAAUGCAUUCAUUUACUGGAAUGUCUCACUCAUUCACUCUUUCUUGCAUGUUUAAAAUUGUAGUUUCAGUGAAAAUAUCUAUACACCCAACAAUAAUGGGUGCGUAAGCCUAAAUUGAUCGAAGAAACCAUUGUACGACGAAUCUUAGUUUUACAGGCCGUUCCCAAAGACAUCGUAGCUAAAGUGUCUCUUGAAAAUCCGUGGUUCUUGAAAGCGCACAGAUUACCCUACUCCUUAAGAACAUGUUGGGGAAACGCAUGCAAGAAAUAUCAAUGGUUUCGUUUUUUGCUCAAUCGUUGCUACGAUCCAUCGUUAUUGGGCAUGGCCGGCGCGAGUACCUUCGCCGCCCUAGGCAAAAUGUUUCAACAGCACCCUCCCCCCCCCCCCCGCCCCGUAGCACAAAUCGGAGAGACACCCCCCCACCCAGCCUCGGCGCCCUCUGCUUGUGGUGCUGGACUGUUAAUUAAUGGACGCACUUCGGUAUGUGGCGCCCCCCUCUUUGUGGCGCCCAAGGCGGCUGCCUAGUUCACCUCUAGCAAACGCCAGCCCUGCUAUUGGGAAACGCAGCCAAUGUCUUUGAGUAGCAGUAAAACAAAGAAUUGGCGUAUUUUGCAGUGUGGAACUACACAGCAUUUUUGUUGUUGUAUAUAGGCUCUUCCGAGCCUGGCUGGCUGCCAGCCCAACUUAGCCCCGCUCACAAAAACAAUUUGGUCGGGAAGUUGGGCCUGGGAUCGCUCGGUUGGGGAAAAAGUAUGUACGAACAGGAGCUGUUCGGAGCAAUCAAAUUGUCAGGGCGGGCUUUAUACGAUGAUGGACAGAUGAUCAACAGUAACUUAAUCAAUCAUGUCACCAAAGAGCGUUUGGGUUGAAUUUGUUUUCAACAAACAACAUACUACGUUGCUCUGAUUGGUUGUAAGUCUAUCCAAUUAAGCGAAGAGCCUUUUUUUUAUGAGUUCGGUUGAAACACGCCCCAUACUCACAGCCCAAUGGAGCAGUUUCAGACUCAUAUUCUGACUAGAAUGAUGAGCAUGACAACGUCAGGCUCUUCAUAAAAAAAAAGGGAUUUAUGGAGGAGGAUAAGUUUGGUGAGCUCUUACAUGGUCACCAGUCAGAAAUUAUACAUUACUUUUUAGUCAUAUGAAGUUAUAUGUCUGAAUGUAUAACAAAUAAACACUGUAAACACC